AUGAAUGAGAAGGCCAAAGGCAGGGAUAUGUGUGGUCUGCAAAGUUCUCCACCCUGCCUGGGAGCAUUCCUGUAUAUCCUUAAUUGUUUUCUUUUGUUGCUGCUCCAGAAGGAGGCUCUUGGCUGUCCAGCUGCUUGUCAGCUCUGCACAGGGAGACAAGUUAGCUGUCGGAAUUUAGGGCUUUCAAGCAUCCCACGGAACUUCCCCAAAACCACAAUUCUUGUGUACCUCAGUGGGAAUAACAUAUCGCAUGUCUCUCCAAAUGAACUAAGAGGCUUUCAGAAGCUUGCUGCACUCUACAUGGAUAAUUCCAGUAUUUCAUAUGUACACCCGAAAGCUUUUGUUGAUCUUCCCAGACUGUGCUACUUGCAUCUAAAUAACAAUAAUAUCAAACGCCUGGAUCCAGGAACCUUUGAGGGUCUUUCCAACCUUCAUUGUUUAUACCUUCAGAAUAAUCAAAUAGCUUUUGUUCCCAGAGGAUUAUUUAGUGAUCUCCUUUCUGUUAGAUAUUUAACACUUCAGAGAAAUCGUCUCAGUGUCCUUGGAAGUGGGACUUUCUUUGGAAUGAUAAGUCUUCAAACUCUUAACCUGGCCAAUAACAAGAUUUCUCGGAUAUCAAAUUCAGCAUUUCAUCAUCUUGAAAACCUUGAAUAUUUGUACCUUGAAGGUAACAACUUAACACUUGUACCAUCCAAAGCUCUUGGAAGGCUCAAAAAUCUUGAAAGACUUUCUUUGUCUCAUAAUCCCAUUGGAUCAAUACAUCCUUGUGCAUUUAAAGGACUUAACAAGCUUAGAUAUCUGUCUUUAAAAAAUGCAAACUUAAAGUGUAUUGCUCUAAAUGGAUUUUUUGGUUUAAAUAACCUUAGCCAGUUAAUCUUAAGUUAUAAUGAUUUAGAAAAUAUAAAUUCGAGCACUUUUGCUUUAUUGAACAAUUUAAUGUAUCUGCAGCUGGACAGAAAUGAAAUAACUACUAUUGGUGAUGGCACUUUUGAAAAAAUGGGACAGUCACUUAAAAUGCUAAGUUUAGCAUUUAAUAAUAUCACAGAGUUACAGCCUGAAGUGCUUCAACCCUUAGUGUCUUUGACUUACCUGCAGGUAAAUUACAAUCCUUGGAACUGCAGCUGCAGAAUGCUUGGGUUGCUUAAUUGGCUGGCAUCAUCUUCUAUUCCUGCAAAAAUUUAUUGUCAGAAUCCUCCGAGUAUGCGUGGUAGACCUUUGCAUUACAUUAAGUGGACUCAGUUUGCAAAUUGCAGUAGCCCUGCUGCCAACCCUUCUGCCAGGCCAGAAGGAGCCUGGAGUCUAGGAUCUGUAGGUGUCCAUCGCAGCACUACUACUUUGCUAAUGGCAUGGCAUAAGGGAAACAGGCACAACACAUUUGAACAGUUUAUCAAUACAGAAACUAAAUAUGUUGCUUUCUGGGAAGGACCUACAGCUACGUCUGCUAACCUGUUGCUCCAUGAAGAAAAUGCUUCUGAAAUGCCAUCACAGGCCACUACAGUAUUGCCAACGUUACCGGUGCAAAUACCAGCAGAGAUUAUACCUGUUAAUGGAACCAAAGAAGAAAAAAGUUUAUUUACAACAGAUGCUGCUCCUGUAUUGUUAAAAACAUCCCUGCUUUGUGCACAACAGGUUGAAAAGCUGAAUCAGGCUUUUGAUAUUUUACUGGCCUUUUUCAUUCUGGCUUGUGCUGUGAUCCUGUUCUUGACCUGUAAGAUUAUUCAUUUUAAGCAGAAACUAAAGGUGCUGGAAAGCUCAGGGGAAAAGAGAAUUGAGUAUUAUGGAUUUUACCAGCCUGGCAGGUACAGCAUAACUGACCCAGUGCAAUCUCUGACUCAGCGUUCAAUGGGACAUUCAGAGCUUGACCAGAUUAGGCUGCUGAAGAGAACAGCAUCUGAAAGUCAGGCACAGGUCAUCUUGUUUGAGCAUUCAUCGUUGUAAUUAAUCUAAUUUUGAUUUGGUGUUAAUUUUAUUGUAAUCUGAAAUUUCAAGUCAAGAUCUCAGUUUUCUAAAAAUACCUUCAAUGAUUAAAAACAACUGGUUGAUAGAAUUGUGAAAAGUGAUGUGAUUUGGGCUCUGAAUCAUUUCCUUCUUGAGAGCUUUUGACAUUUAUUGAUAAAUAAUAAAUAAAUUAGAUCUCAUUUAAACCUGACAUGGAUAGACAUAUUAUCCUCUAUCCCUGUUGUGCUUCAUUGUACUUAAUAGUAUGAAUUUCUGUAGCAAUUCCAUAGCUAACCUGAAGCUUGAAGCAAUCAAAACAACAGUUUUUAGCAGGGUCACAAAGCCAACAAAUCUGGAACAAUGAGAAAAAAGCAAUGCUAUAUUUACUAAGUGUAAUGUAGCCCCUACUCUCUCUGUUAAUCAUCACAGUGGAUAAAAAAGUAAGCAUAUUUACAUCUAGCAUGUUAAAACUCUCAAGGAAUUUUUUUUUUUUUAAACAAUACCAAUUUUAUUCAUACUGAUGACAUU